GUUGGAACAAACAAGUCCAAGUUGCUGACAAAAAGGCUGUGGUUCGUAUCAGAUACUGAUUUUUUUUUGUUGUGAUUCCAGUUUAAACGAGAUAUUCCUAAUUCUGUCUGUAAACUUUGGAGAGCUAAAAGUGAGAUUCCAUCAUGCUUCUCCUCAUUUUCACUGUUGCAGUUGGAAUUCUCCUGUAUUAUUUCUUUUUCCAUGAGAAUUCCAAGACUAUCCCAGAAGGAGAUGGCUGGUGGGGAGCUGGAGAGCGACAGGAUAUCCAGGAUGAUGAAACUAUCCGCCCAUUCACCAUCGAAACAUCUGAGGAGAUGAUCCAGGACCUGCACUAUCGCCUGGACCAUACUCGCUUCACGCCACCAUUAGAGGACAGUAGGUUUCACUACGGUUUUAAUUCCAGCUACCUGAGGAAGGUCGUGUCUUAUUGGAGGAAGGACUACAACUGGAAGAAACAGCUGGAAUUCCUAAACCAGUUCCCACAUUUCAGAACCAGGAUUGAAGGAAUUGAUAUCCACUUUGUCCACGUGAAGCCCCCUCACCUGCCUCAAGGUCAGACUGCCAUUCCACUGAUGAUGAUCCACGGCUGGCCAGGGUCUUUCUAUGAGUUCUACAAGAUCAUCCCUCAGCUGAUUAAUCCAGCCAAUCAUGGUCGGAGUCAGCAGGAAACCUUUGAAGUCAUCUGUCCAUCCAUCCCAGGUUACGGCUUCUCAGAGGCUCCAUGCAAGAAAGGUUUUAACAGCAUCGCUGCAGCUCGUGUGUUUUGCAAGUUAAUGCGGCGCCUGGGGUUUGAUCGGUUCUAUGUGCAGGGAGGAGACUGGGGGUCUCUGAUUGCCACUAACAUGGCCCAAAUGAAGCCAGAGAAUGUGAAAGGAAUCCACUUGAAUUUCUUCCCCAUUUCCAGGAUGGGACUGAAGACACUUCCCUCCCUCUUACUUGGGCAGUAUGCUCCAUCCCUGGUUGGAUUCACCCAGACUGACAUUGAGCGGAUGUACCCGUUUGUUGAAAAGACUGUCUAUGAUCUGCUGAAGGAAUCUGGCUACAUGCACAUUCAGGGCACAAAACCUGACUCCCCAGGUUGUGCUCUGAAUGACUCCCCUGUGGGCUUGGCUGCUUAUAUACUGGAGAAAUUUUCAACAUGGACCAACAAGGAUUUCCGGGAACUUGAAGAUGGAGGACUGACGAGGAAAUUCUCCCUGGAUGAACUUCUGACCAAUGUGAUGAUCUACUGGGUGUCAGGCUCCAUUACCUCCUCCAUGCGCCUGUAUAAAGAGAACCUAGGAAUUAACUUCAGGAAUCGGAUUGAUGCCAAGAUUGGAGUUUAUGUUCCCACUGGAUUGGCUGCAUUUCCCAAUGAGUUGGUGCAUGUCCCAUUGGUCUGGGCCAGGCAGAAAUACAAGAAGAUUGUGACCUUCUCGUACAUGUCCCGUGGGGGACACUUUGCAGCCUUUGAGGAGCCGCAUCUAUUGGCUGAGGAUCUCUGGAAUUUUGUGCAAACUGUGAAAAAGAAUGGCUGAGACUUCCAGUUCCUUGGGUGUUUGAGAAUCUAGUUCCCAUACGAUAGCUCUUCAGAUUCCAAGCUCUGUCUGAUAAGUAAUGUUGGUAAUGUCUGGGAUAUUUGCAAGCUAAUAAAAAUUGAAUCAGUGUUA